AUGUGCAGGUUCCUGGUAUACAAGGGCAGCGAUGAGAUUCUGCUGUCCAAGCUGAUUCUCGACCCGACGCACUCGAUUCUUAAGCAGUCAUUCGACUCUCGUCUCCGGCUUGACACACGACGAGGCCAGAACAAUGCGGACGGAUUCGGGAUAGGAUUCUACACCGACCGCAAGCUGGGUGACUGCCCCUGCCUGUUCACCUCGACGAUCCCGGCCUGGAACUGCACCAACCUCCACCGCAUCGCCUCCAAGACGGCGUCUCACCUCAUCUUCGCCCACGUGCGCGCCACCACGGAGGGUUCGAUCAGCGAGGACAACUGCCACCCGUUCACCCACGGCACGCUGAUGUGGAUGCACAACGGCGGCCUGGGCGGGUGGAAGCACAUCAAGCGCAGGCUCGGCGACAAGCUGGCCGACAAGUGGUACCUCAGCGUCCAGGGCGGGACCGACAGCGAGUGGGCGUUUGCCCUCUUCCUCGACACUCUGGAGCGUCUAGGCCAGGACCCGAGCUCCAGCCCCGCGCAGGGCUUCGGCCACGCCGUCCUGCGCAGGGCCCUCGAGCAGACGAUUGCCCAGAUCAACGAGCUCACCGACAGCAUCCCCGAGAGCAUCCUGCAGUCCGAGGACGUCGACACCCGCAGCCUGCUCAACUUCGCCGUCACCGACGGUCACAGCGUCAUCUGCACGCGCUACAUCAGCAGCUCCAAGGACGAGGCCGCCAGCCUGUACUACUCUUCCGGUACGCAGUGGUCCACCAUGACGUCGUCGCCCACCGACAGGCAGUAUCAGAUGGAGCGCAAAGACAAGGGAGCCGACAUCGUCCUCGUUGCUAGCGAGCCCUUGACGUUUGAGAGGGAAAACUGGGUCAACGUCCCGACAAACUCGAUCCUCACCAUCCACCGUCAGACCGUCAUGAUGCACCCCAUCGUGGACAAGUACUACGAGCGCGACCCCUACCACACCCGCUCCAGCGCCUUCGUACAGGAGAAGGGCCUCGUGUCCAACGAAAAGGGCCCUGCUAGCGACUCGACCAGCCCCAGCGGGUUGGACCUCACCAGACGACCUGGUGGGUGUGUGCCCCGGGCCCUGAGCCCCGAUGUCAGGAUGCCUCUGCUGCCCAACCCGCUGCGCGAGGGGCGUUUGCGGUAG